AUGGGAAUUGCUAUUGUGAAGCAUAACCAUCCUUAUAGACUGGUGGAGCAAGAAGGAAUUCGAGACUUGUGUGUAUACUUAAAUUCAGAUGCUUUACCCAUUUCGAAAAACACGAUAAAGACCGAUAUUGAAAAGAUGUACAAAAGAGAAAAAAAAAGACUAAAGACAGAAUUAAAUUCAAUUUUAAGUCGAAUUUGCCUUACUGCAGACUUGUGGACAUCUAUUGCAACAGAUGGGUAUUUGGCAUUGACGACUCAUUUCGUGAAUGAAGAUUGGAUUUUACAAAAGAGGGUUCUAAAUUUUCACCACAUGCCACCACCACAUGGUGGUCCAAUAUUAGCUGAAAAAGUUAUAGAUUUAUUGAGAGAUUGGACUGUUGAAAAAAAAGUUUUUACUAUCACAUUGGAUAACGCAUCUUACAAUGAUGAGUGUAUUGUUCAAGUUUCUUUGCCACGCAAUAAGAGGGUGCAUCAAGAUGUCCCAACCAGAUGGAACUCUACAUUUGUGAUGCUGGAUAGUGCACUUGAAUAUAAGCUUGCCUUUCAUCAGUUGCAUGUGGUUGAUCGCAACUUCAGCAGAUUUUACCCACCUGAAGAAGAAUGGCCUAAGGUGCAGAAAUUUACAACACUGUUGAGGCCUUUUUAUGACCUGACCACCCUUUUUUCAGGGACUAACUAUCCAACUGCAAAUUUGUAUUUUCAUGGUGUCUGGAAAAUUCAAAAAGUUAUCACGGAAGAGGUCAAUAAUUUAGACAUUGAAGUGAGUGAAAUGGCCAAGCAAAUGAAACUGAAAUUUGAGAAGUAUUGGGCAUGUUAUAGCUUGGUUUUGAGUUUUGCUAUCAUUUUAGAUCCGCGCUUUAAAAUGGAUUAUGUGGUGUAUGCUUUUAAGAAGCUAUAUCCUUUUGAUUAUGAAGAACGUGCUAAAGAAGUUCGGGAUAAAUUUCAUUUACUAUUUGAGAAGUACGAGAAUACUUUUGAUGGUGAUUUGCUAGAUGGAUCAAUAGCAGGCUGCUCUGGUGGUGAUUUGGGCAAUGACAAUGAUGAUUUUGCUGAAUUUGAGAGUCAACAACAUGCAAACAAGAGGAAUAAGUCACAAGUAGACUCUUAUUUGGAUGAUACUCGACUCCUUUCAACUCAAGAAUUGGAUGUUUUCAAUUUUUGGCCAUGUAACCUUUCACUGCUCUAUCAGUUAUUCCUAUUUAUUGAAAAUUUGUCUUUGUUUGUAUGCUAA